AAACUCAAAAAGAGAGAGACCAGAUCCAUCACUUUCAUAUCUCUCUCUCUCUUUCUUCCCCUUAAAAACGUUUAGUUUCUGCUUUUGCUUUGCCUUUCAAACUUUACCAAAAAUCCUCCCUUCUUGAUUGCAUCCUUUAACCUAACCAAAUAAUCAAUUGCUAUCCCAAAGAUUUCACAUUUCAUCUUCCUACUCAAACCCCUUCUUUUUAAAGAAUUGAAUCCCCAAGAAUUUACUACUUUUAGUACCCUUUUGUUGGAUCUAUUAUUUGGAUCGAUCGUUUGGAGUGCAGAACAAGAAUCUUGAAGCGAAACACCGGUCUUUUUUUUUCUGUUUACACGCAUCUGGACUGUGGCUGUAUAAACUUGAUGAGGCUUAGGAGCAAGCACAUUUUCACAUCAAGACACAAACAUGUUAAUAGAUGUUAGAAUGCAAGAUGAAAUCUGAGCAACAACAGGGUGAAAGUUCACAUCAAGAACUCAAAACUUCCAACAAUUAUGGAAGUGUGAUGGAGGAUGAAGAUGACACCACAGGGGUUUCAUUAAGGUGUCUAAGUUUAUACACCCGAGGUGGAGGAGGGUGCAAGGUUGGAGCCGCAACAACCGACGACUUCGCCCAACUCGGUAAAGUACCCAAACCUGUGUGCGGGACCCACGACACGAGUAUCGAUUGUUUCUCGUAUGGAGUUGAGAGGUUUUGGAAAAGAAAUUAUACAAAAAAGAAUCAUUUUGAAGCCCAAAACAACGCCAUGCAUGUGUUUCUUCCCGAUGAUAUUCUCGAGAUGUGUUUAAUGAGACUCCCGUUAACAAGCCUAAUGAACACACGUCUCGUGUGCAAAAAAUGGAGGUCAUUAACAACCACCCCUCGGUUUUUACAAAUGAGAAAAGACGGGUUUUACCCGAGUCCAUGGUUGUUCCUUUUUGGUACUGUUAAAAACGGAUAUUGCUCACGUGAGAUUUACGCGUUUGAUGUUUCUUUCAAAAAAUGGCAUAAAAUUGAAACCGAAGUUUUAAACGGCCGGUUUUUAUUCUCCGUGGCGACGGUCCAUGAUACUGUUUACAUCAUCGGAGGGUGUUCGAGCCGGAAAACACACCGUGGAGUAUUGGUUUUUAAUCCGUUGAUGAAAUCUUUUCACAAAGUCGCAUCUAUGAGACAUGCAAGAUCGAAACCGGUUCUUGGAGUCUAUGAAGUCAACUCCGAUCGUUUGACCAUCAAAAGUCAAACCCGAACACGGACACGGACACUGACACAGACACAAACACGGUUCUUGAUAAUUGCGGUAGGUGGGGUCGGUUCAUUCGACGAGCCGUUAGAUUCAUGCGAGAUUUACGAUUCUUCAUCGAACAAAUGGACGGAAAUCCAACGGGUUCCGGUUGAUUUCGGGGUCAUUUGUUCGGCUGUUGUUUGUAACGGGGUUUUUUACGUUUACUCCGAGAGUGAUAAACUUGCGGCGUAUGACAUUAAACAUGGUUUUUGGGUUCGGGUCCCGACAAAUCCGGUGCCGCCACGUGUCCAUGAGUACUCCCCGAAACUGGUGUCGUGUGGUGGUGAACGGUUGUUUAUGGUGGCGGUUUCGUGGUGUGAAGGAGAUGGUGAAAUUGGAAGGAGAAAUAAGGCGGUUAGAAAGUUGUGGGAGCUUGAUCUUGUUUGUUUAAGUUGGAAUCAGGUUUUGAUGCAUCCUGAUGCACCCAUGGACUGGAAUGCAGUGUUUGUUGGUGAUAAGAACUUAAUUUUUGGGGUUGAAAUGUUUAAGAUUUUUGGACAGGUGUUGGAGUUUGUGACCAUAUGUGAUGUAUCGGAUCCGAAUAUGGAUUGGGUUCAUGUGUCCAAGAAUGAGGUGGCUCGUGACAUGGAUGUGUCUUCGUGUGUCAUGAAAUCUAUGGCUGCUGUGCAUUUGUAACUCGUGCGAAGUGAAAGUGAUAUCUUUAUGUUUGUAUUUUCUUGUAAGUUUUUGCUUCGAAACGAAAUUUGGUAAUUAAUUUUCAAUAUUUCUUGCGUUUAUGGGAUUCAA